AUGGAACGAGCAUGGUAUUCGAACGUCUGCAUUGGGUUGAAUGAUUUAAAAACGAAAGGUGUUUAUGAAUGGUCAGAUGGUUCUUCAGUUUCCUGGACAAACUGGUAUGUUGGACAGCCCGACGAGGGACAAAUAGAUAAAACUUGUGUGUUCAUGAGUCUUAUACGAGGUAAACGAGGUUGGAUGUACUGGAGGGAUCAGAAUUGUAGCAAUAAAUAUGCCUUCGUAUGCGCAUACACCAUGGGUAAGUAUAUAUAUUAUCAACAUUUGCCGGAUCCAUUUAUGUGAGAUAGCAUUUGUUCGCGAAUCGUAUUCGAUAUUUAUAAUGGGUUGAGUUUAUUUCUAUAAGGGUGAAAUUGUAGCCAUUUAAUCGGCUGUUAUACUCACGUAACAUUGAAUAAGAACUUGUGCUUCGCCUACGCACGUAAAAACGCAUAACUUGUACCAAACUUGCAGCAAAUCUGCACGAGUACAAGCUCUGGCUAAAUAAUUGUUUUCCAUUUUGAAUGACGUAAUUUUCGUAUAAUAGUUUAAAAAAGUACAAAAUUUUUUUUCGAUUUUAACUGGAAAUAAGCCUCAAGUUUCAUGAAUUAAUGGCUGCUCAAACGUGAAAUGAAGUAAGUUGUAAUAAUUGUUUUGAAGGUUUGAUGUAGAUGUUUUUAAUAGUUGAAUUGUUCUUGUGCCUGUUUGGGUCUGAAGUGUAAAGAUUCGCAGUAUUAAAAUUCCAAUCCGAACCAAACUUACUUUGUAUUGUCAAUUUAAUCCUAUAUGCGACUUUUUUAAGCCACUGCUCACUCGCUAAUUUACAAUAAACUAGAAAAUACAUGCAAGCAGAGAUCCUCGCCUUGCUGACAAAACCAUUGUAUUUCCCGAAUAUGAAGUGUUUAAUUAAAGUAAUUUUCAUGGUAACACGAUAAUUUCAUUAACAAUAUUUUUACAAUUGGAAAAUUCGUUAAAAAUAUCACUUUUAAUUACAAAAUUGUCAAUUUCCCAAACAUAUAUAUUUAUAUAUGUAUACGUAUGUUAGUAUACGUAAUAUAAGCUUCAAUUUUUUAACAAUUAUUAAUGUAAAAUUCAACCACAAACGCUUCGCAGAACGUUUUAAAAUGUUCUUUAUAAAACUAAACUGUCUUUAUCGAUAAACUUUGAGUUUGAAGAAAAAUGAUUUCAAAUUCUCGCAUGCAAAUAACUUUGCUUUCUUUUUUAUUUAAAAAUUUUAAUAUAAUAAAAAAGGUAAACAAUAAAAAUACGCUGAAAUUAUAUGCUCUCUUUUUUCAUUUACAAUAUACGCAACAAUCAGCUUUUAAUUAAUUAAACCAAUUACCUAGUGUAUAAAGCAAACAUACAUCAAUAUUUAAGACUUACCUUCGUUAACAUGGGUUUUGAAAUGUACAAAACCUUGCAAAAAUGAAACAUAUUCGCAAGAAAUCAUCAAAUGAAGAAAUGUUUGCUAUUUCGCUGUUGUUAUGCAGUCGUUAUAAUGCAAAUUUUAAAUUGGACCUAUCAGUGUUCGCUAUUCACGACAGGCCGCUAUAUUUUGAGAUCAGUGAGGACGACCACACACGCACAGUAACCCACGCUCGCGAACAUUGAUGAACUUUAGAAUUCACAAAUGCUAUCCUUUCCUCGGGGGUAAAUAGCCGGGCGGAAUUAAUAUACCCUCGCAGGGCGCCCGCGCCGUUGGCUGGGGAUGAUAUAGAGUUCGAGCAAGAGAAUAAGUCGGACGACGACGACGUGGUUGAAAAUUUUUGCCGGUCUUGCAUAAUAUCUUGCGCAUUCUGAGUUUAGGGUCAGGGGUGAAGAGAGAUUAGAGAUUCUUGUCUAGCUGUUUAUGAAUGCUGACUGAAAUCCUUACCCUGAUCAUGAAUCCAUUUUCCGUCUUCGUUCUUCUGCCUUCGUUCACAACGAAUAUUUUGGCAAAAUUCGUUGUGAACUUCGUUCUGAACGAAGGCAGAAGGACAAUGACUGGAUAUAGUUUCAUGCCUCGCUGUUUUUUCUGGGUCAGGGCAAAAAUUAGGGUAAAAAUUCAUAAACAACGACACAUGCAUGGGAAGACACUUUGAGCAACCACCAGUGACGUCCAACUCAGUAUGCGCAAGAUAAUGUGCAGACGGAAAAAAUUGUCAAGUACGCCUUCGUCUUCGUACUUCGUUGUCUUGCUCAAACUCUCUAAGAGCGAGCUUAAGCAAGCGACGUUUUUGUCAACACGAACGUCAGAUUGCCGAGAGUGUUAAAAACUGUGUUUGUGUCAGUUUGUGGUAAUCUUCAACACAUAUGACGAGACAUAAUAUUUUAAGUUGGUUUUCCUUCCUUGCACGAAUGUUAUUAAGCUAGGGCAUGCAACAAUUGUGUUUUUACUUUUAUUUAUAAUGGUCUUAAUACUUUUAUACUUUAUCUUUUAAGAAAGGCGAGGGGUAAUUGAUGCAUGCAUGCAUUUUCUAGUAGAGAUAUUCUAGUAGUGUAUUCUUGUAUUCUUAUAUUGCUGUGUUUUACAGAGAGAACCACACAAAAACCCGCAACUGUUCCUACAGGUAUAUAUGUUAAGUUUACGCGAUUUUUGUAAUUAAAUUGCUGAUACUUUCCUAGCUGAAGUUGGAAUUAAACAUUUUGAGCUUCCACUCGAGCGGACGUUGAAAGAAUUUGGACCGAAAUCUCUAUUUUUCGACAGUUCCAUUUUUGGAAAGCUUAAUUUAUGUUAAUUAGAUUUCGAUCGAUUUUUUUAUGUUCGAAAACCUUAAUUAUUGGUACUGUAAUGCAAGUUUAUCUGUACAGUACUUUGGCUAUGAAUACAUUUAUGCGUCUAAUCUGUUGCGUAACAUAUAACAUUUAAAUUGCGAUUGCAUGACAAAGGAGCUGAAAAUUUCAUAUACACCGCAUAGUCUUGUCAUUUUGGUAGUGGCAGGAAGAUUUAUAUCGGUUUGUUCCUUGAAUUAUACUGUACGUCAUCUUAUAAAAUUGGCCAAUCUUUCUUCGUGUAAAUACGACGUCACAUGCGCCAUAAAAUUUUGACAGUCCGCAGGGAUGCAACAUGAGCGAUUCAAUGCAACAUGAGCGAUUGGAACCAUUAAUAGAAACUUGAAUCUUUCAUCUGUUUUGAGCAGAUAAGCCUUCAACCUUUGCCGCGAGUACCAUCGCUAAACAUAUUUACAAGAUUUAUCUCAUUUGCAUGUUUAUUCAACCCAAAAUAUCUCACGAAUGACAAGCUGAGAUAAAGAAACGUUGCAAGGUAAUUAAUUUAGUUUGCAAUUUAACGAGUUUUUGUUACCUAAACGGGAUAAAAUUUCGCGAUUUGCAUCUCCAUUAUCCAUUAAGUAUGUCUCUGUAUUGCGUUUAUAUUACUUAAAUAUGUUUUAAUUCACAAAAUGCAAGGGCGUAUAGACAGAACCACCAUAGAGAUAGAACAUAUAUUCACAAAAACCAGGCAUCUGAUGAUUCAUUUCCUCCAUGGACCAAACAGACGAUAAUAUUAACCUAUAGCGCCAAGCUAGGUCUAUGCUUAUAUUAUUUAUAUAUUCGUGGAACAUCCAAUUGUAUAUUUAAACUCUUUUAGCUAUCAACGAAAAAUGCAAUGAUGCUGGAUGGGUUACCAAUGAAAAUUCGACGUAUUGCUAUUACUAUGAAGGUAGUACAAGUGGGUAAGUGAUGCUAGAAAUCCGUUGGUGGAAAUUACACGCGAAAACUACAUUUUAAACCAUAUUUUAAACUUAACCGGCUAGGAUCAAACUUGAAUGAAAACUUUGUUCUAUUGCCGCCUGCAUGAAGGGAACACGUUUUCGCCCCUUGUAUCAUCGGUUCGAUUGCAGGAUAUUUUGGAAUUCAGUCUAUUUCCUUCGAUAUUAGUGUAUAUUUAUGACAAUAAACGUAAUUACCUUUAUUUUUAACUAACAUUGGCACAACGCAUAGGAUAACUGGCAAAAGCAAAAGAAAUAUUAAAACAAAGCAUAAAAAAAAUUUUACACCUAAACAUUUAUUACUUUUUCUAUUUUUCAUUUUUAUUUCUCAUUUUCGUCGGACCAUUUAAUAUCCUGUUUAUAUUCAAGAUUACGUAUACAUUUAUUUUUGCUGACGUGACGCCGGCGCGAUUUUUUUUACAAGACUGCGCAGGCCCACGCCGGAUCGUGAUCUUCUCAUGACGCAACGAGGGCCUUCAGAGGUGCCAGCAGCGAGAUGGACAGCGGAGUGAAGUCGUUAGGCAUUUAACGCUUAUAUUUGAACAGAAGAUCACAGAUGAUGAAGAUAAACUUCAUUUAACCGCGCUAACAUUUUGUCAGCUAAAGCUGGUUUCCACAAUGGGCGCGUAAAAACAUUAACAAAUUGUCACAAAAUAUUGUUACAAAUAAAAUAGUAAGGAAGUAUUAACAUGCAGAAUAUAAAAUAUAUACAAUGCUUUUUCUAUUUACAACAAUGCGGUUUUAUUUACGAGCUAUAAUUAGUGAUUUUAAAAUUUGAGAGCCAAAAAAGCGGAACAUUGAAUUUCUGGCAUGUACAUUUCCCCCUUUAGGGUAAUAUGGUAAAACCACAUCCGAAGCUCAAUUCAAUAACAUACUUAUUUUUCAUAUCAAUAAUAACUACUAUAUUGUUACAGUACACAUUGGUUGGGUGCAGAUACCACAUGCUGGUAUAAGAGUGCAAAGCUUGUAAGUAUACAAAGUAAAGAAGAAAACGAUUUUGUCAGAAAACUAUCAAAUAAUAUAAUCCGACUUGGUCUGGAAGCGAAAGGAGUAUUCCGAGGUAAACUUCAGAUUUCUUUUCUGUGCCCUUUAGAUAAUUAUUAUUAGUAUAAACCUACUGUACUAGCAGACUAUCACGUAUCGUGCGUUCUGAUUGGCUACGCUGCUAGUAGGCUAUUAGUGAUAGCCUACUAGUUGCAACAAGCGGGAAAGGGCGCGAGAGUCAAUGGCCGUUUUUAAGUAUUAAAAGCUCCUGCUACCAAAAGAAUUUUUAAAAAUUCUAUUUUUUGUUGUAAAAUUAUCAUUAGUAUGUCUAGAUGUCUGCGAAAGCAAACAUAAGCCUGGCAGAACUUUGCUUUCUCACAGAAUUUCAUCUUUUUGAAAUGAUAGGCAACCAUCGUUCACGUUGCUAUGUAAACGGGUUUGUGUUUAUCGUUUGUUAUGCCUUGUUUCUUGGUUUUUUGGGGAAGGUUGUAUUUUCUUGCUGAUUAUGUAAAUCCACAACCUAAGGGACUGGUAACAAGUUAAGGCCUGGUCGCGUAGCUAUUCUAGACGACCUUUUUCUUCACUGUUCGAAAACAUUGCAUAUAGAGCUGAAACCCAUCAAAGAUUCGCACUUUGUCUGCAUUUUAUUUUAUUUUGUUGCUUACUGGUAGCUGGAAAUAGUCUCUUAGAGAUUAUAUUUUAUUUGCAAUGCCAAAAGUCUAAAAAAAGCUGCGAUUUCGUGGCCGGGGUCGAUGGGAUGUUGCCACAUCGAAUUUAAACAACAGCAAUCUUUCAUCUGCACGUGUGUCUACACCAGUGCUUGAAACAGCUUAUGUACGAAAGGUAACGAGUCAGAGCAAUAAAACAAGCGAAGAUUUUGAUGGAGCACACAGCUAUAGACUGAUCGAGCUGUCAAAUUAAGUCAGUGUGUUUCAGCCUUUACAUAAUUGUCAAUCUGGAGGAGAAUUGAAAGUAAGUGAAGACGAGGCCUGUAGAUAUGGGAAUAACUCUCUAAUCAAUGUAGAGUGUUCCAAUUGCGACGUCAAGAUCGAGCUUCAAACCUCUAGGAACAACAGCCAAGUUUGGAAACCUCAAAAUGCCAUGGACACAAACAGGCAUAUGAUUUACUCCUUAUGGUUGCCUUCCCCUUGCCAUCAUAAGGCUUGGGACUAACAUGUUGCUGCAUUUUAUGUGGCCCACAAUAAACUGUUGCGGAACAAUUACAGAAGCCAAGAAACAAAGUGUUUUCACUUCAUCGCUCAGCUGCGACCGAUAUCGCAGAGAAUGCGACGAGCUAUGAUGGUACGUGGUCCAAACGAGGAUACACAGCUAAUUUCGUGGUUGGUUUUGUCAUCUCGGUUGAAACUGGCGAAGUGCUUGAUUUUGAUUUUGAGUCGAAUCUGCGCUCAGAGUACACAUCAGCAAAAAAAUAUAUUGGUGAAGAUUCUCCUGAGUAUGCCAUUUGGUAAGGUGGGCAUAAAGGUGAGUGAACCCAAACCCAUAUUGAAUCAAGUGGUCGAUGGAUUGCUCAAUAGCCAAAAAUAUCUUGGACAGAUCUAAGGAUAGUAACUUACACUACAAAUUCAUGAUCAGUGACGGUUACGGCAACCCUAUGGAAGUGUCUGGGAUACUUAUGGUUGCUGCGAGGAUUGUGCAGAAUGUGAGAGUAUUGAUAAGCGAUCGAAAGAGUACAAGAAAUGGCGCGAGUCGAAGGACUAGGAGGUGUUUAAUGAAUCUCAUGAAAUCGGUAAGGCUGAUUGUGCAAGCGUCUCCGAGCUAG